GUUUCAUGAAAAAGGGAGCAUUUAAGUGCUUUUAGAUCCUAAAAAUAUUUUUUAAUAAAACACUUAGUCAUUUUAAAAUCACUUCCAUACCAAUACGCACAAUAACACGGUGCGUUCUUCUUUAGCAGAUUAGAUUGCGCAUAGUGCUGUCACAGCCAGCAAAGUCCGGGUGCCUCGGAACCACUCUCUCUCUUAUUCUGCAGUGACUGGUUCAGCUUUCUGGUUUGCAGGAAAUGAGGGUUUCGCGAAAUCUUGAGGUCUUGAAAAUGGGCACUAUCGGCUAUCUGGAAGCACUUAAGCUGCAGGAAAAGCUGGUAGCUGAUAGAAAAAGUCAUAAGAUUCCAGAUACCCUUGUGUCCCUGCAACAUCUACCUACAUAUACCCUUGGCAAACGACGAACUGAUCACAAUCUGUUGAUUCCGGAGACUGAACUCAAAAGAAUAGGAGCUGAACUGCACUACACACAAAGAGGAGGAGACAUUACAUUUCAUGGUCCACAUCAAGCCAUCUUGUAUCCCAUUAUUGCUCUUCGUGAUAUGGGGCUUGGUGCUUGUAAAUAUAUGGAGAAACUUGAGUCGACUAUGAUUGACUUGGUGUCUCUGUAUGGCGUGAAAGCUUGCCCUGGAAAUAAAUGUGAAAUAGGGGUUUGGGUUGGGGAGAGAAAAAUCGGAGCCAUUGGUGUACGGAUUUCAUAUGGAGUCACGUCACUUGGUUUGGCAUUCAACAUUGAUCCAGAUUUGAGCUACUUUAAGCAUGUUGUGCCUUGUGGAAUUGCAAAUAAAGACGUUACAUCAUUGAGAAGGGAGACGGGCUUGGCGCUUCCUUCAGAAGAAGUAGUUCAGGACCAAUUGAUUUCUUGUUUUGCAAGACAAUUUGGUUAUAGUGAUCUUGUAUGGAAGGAUGCUGCUUCAGUAUCAUCAAACAAUGGGGAAACUGAAUGAGGUUACAAAUGUAUGCCAAAGACGAUUAAAUGAUGUCCCAAACUCGACAAUGAAAAGCGAACUCUAAACAGUUUGACCAUUCGCUCUGAUUAUAUGAAAAACACUGUCUAAUCUGGUCAUCUCUUGUACACGGCGUUUAUAUGAAGCCUUACUGGAAAUAAAGAUAGUUCUACACGUGUAGUAAAUGCAUUUCAGUAAUGUACACGUUACGAAUGAACAAGAAAAUCCGCCGGUUACAUUAAUUUUCACCAACUCUUCCUGAGGAUUAUAUACCCUUACCCUCGUAGUAUUCGCCCUGUAGAAUUCCUCUGCAAACUUCAGCCUUAGCUCUAAUUUCUUGCUUCUCCUUUGA